AUGUCGCCGGAGCCUCCGCAAGUUGAUAAGAUACCGGCGAUAUGCCGGAACGAAGAGAUGGCGUGGGAUGGGCAUGCGACCACCGUCGGGGAGAUGGUGGCGGAGCUAUUGAGUGAGGGCUGGCCGGACUUGACGGUGGGUCUUUCGCACCACACCGAUCCGGGCUUGCUGACGGUUUUGUUGCAGAACCAGGUUCCAGGGUUGCAAGUGAAGCACGACGGCGCGUGGGUUGAUGUCAAGCGGGUUCCAGGUACAUUGAUUGAUAACAUUGGAGACUUUCUUCAG